AUGCGUGAUCUUUCCUACGCCUUUUGUUUUUCUUCUUUCGACGCUUCCUUUUGCCUUGCUUGUUGUUGUUGCGCUUUCGUCUUACUCGCCAGCGCUUCUUGUUCUCGCCGGCUUGACCGCCCUCCAGCAACGCCAACCCGGGAAAACUCUCUUUCCUUUGCUACCAUAACAUCCAUUCGCAUUUACUUCGACGGGAGUCGGCUCUCUCUCUCUCCCUCCCUUUUGCUCCUACGCCGGCCUUCCUCCUUCGUCCCAUCACCAUCCUUUGUCCUUCAUUUCUCCCAAAUUCUACUCUCUUUCCCCCUCUUCUUCCUUCUUCUUAUCCUCCUCCUCCUCCUUCCUCUGCCCGUGAUAUACUUCCGCAAUGAGCCUGCCUUCUCUCUGACAGCUCCGGCCGAAUAUGCAGCCACAAUCCCCGGGCAGCCCAUCACGGAGAGUGCAAUAAUAAUGAACGCCAAUAGCCCUAGCUACUCUGUUCCUGGUCCGCGAAGACACUCUGUCGCGAAGAGCCAGAACAUUAUUAGCCAGGGCCCCAGUUUGCGGGAGGUAAAAAGCAGCGACGAAGUUCUUGCUCAGCGUCGCAGAGGCCCCUCCCAUGGUCGUCAGUUUACUGUCGCCAACGUCGGCAACAAUGGACGGUUAUAUCUACGGUAUGUUGACCUCAGCCUUAGCCCCGUCGAAGAAUUGUCCGACUCUGGUAUACAUUCCCUAACACUUAUCCACAAACAACAUAUCAGGCCAAUCACCAACAGGUCCUACACACCGCAUACCUUAAGCCCAGCACCGAGCAUACCGGAAAUAACAGCCCCCGGCCACCGGGCGAGUGUUUGGUCAAACUCACAGUUCUCCUACCUCGUUGAUCCGCCGGAUACAACCUCGCGUGGACCUGCACAGACCUACCAUCACCUCCGUCGAUGGAAAUCCUUACCUACCAUAGACGAUGUCCCGCCAAGUCCUACUCGCGGAGCACUUAAAGUGGUCAUUGAGGGGUCAGAGCCAGUCGAAAAGACACCGCCCAAGCUACCCGGACCAGCUCGCAAGCUAGAAGACUUUAAAUUCCCAGAGAAACAUGUCUCUGCCUAUCGACCAGCCCCUAGGCCUCCGAGGUUAUCCUCGCCGAUAUCCAUGGACAAGAUGGCCGGCUCUUCCGUGCAUAAGGCCGUCGUCGACAAGGGAGCAGGUCAAUCUGUCUUUUACAAGCUUCAGGAGCCUAUAGAACCCUCUAUCUUUGAUGACCUGCUCCCCAUCAUGCAUGAUGCUUCUGUGGUUCGAUACUCAAAACAGACCAAACAGCUAUCUGCCGCUACGCCCGCCCGCAUUGUCGCCCAAAUAUCGUCUGAAUCGUUUAUGGACUACGAACUUGUCUCGGAUUUCUUUCUUACCUUCCGCUCUUACCUCUCCCCUAGUAAUUUACUCUCUCUUCUCCUCGCCCGUCUGGAGUGGGCCAUCAACCGCCGUGAGGAUGACGGACGCAUUAUCCGCAUUCGUGUCUUUGCUGCUCUACGCCACUGGAUCCUCAACUACUUCGUAGAUGACUUCGUUGCCAGUGAUAACCUGCGUGCACAGUUUUGCUCACGGAUCAAUUCCCUGUAUGAGACUCUCAAACGCCGCAGCUCCCGUGACGUUAGUGAUACCAAAAUUAUCCUGGACUUGAAACGGUGCUGGAAUGGUCGCUGUGCGCAGUGCUGGGAUGAUCCAGAAUUUGUCAAUGAUCCUCGACCAGAGGAACCCAUUGUCCCCGGCACCACUAAGCCAGGUUCUAGGCCUAACGGAGACGGACUGUGCUUUUCAUACUCCGAACUCGUUACCCAGGAUACGCCUGCCAGCCAAACCCGCAAGGGCUCUUCAGUCUCAGUGAAUGACUUCAAUAAAAGCCCGCCACCUGCACAACCCGCUUUCAACCAGGCUAUCUUCAAUAUCCCUUCUUCGCGCCUCUCAUUGCGCGGCAACAGCGUCUCCAACCAAGGCCGAGGAGCGCACGUUGCCCCGGACCCCAUCCCCAAGCUAAACGGCCCCUCUCGUCCCCCAGCCCCGCCUAGUCCGCGCUCUCCAAUAUGGCGCUGGCCCCUGCACUCUCACACUCAAUCCUCACACUCUCAUAAACGCAGCGGAAGCUUUUCGGAUUCAUUUAGAGAUGACCGUGCUCCUUUACCACAGGCACAGUCGAAUCUUAAUAUCGAAAGCGGUGCUGCGGGACUGGGUUCGCUGGGCCAAUUUCCUGUUGAAGCUACCAAUUCCCCAGGAGGUGUCAACAUCAGUAUCAUUCGUGGCAGUAUGCUCACUCCUCUAGAGCCCGAUGUCCCAACCACACGCCCACUUUCACCACCGCCAGACCCUUCUAUGCCUCGCUUACGGCCGCCGAGCUCGUCUUCAUUUUUACCCUCUGCCUCGGUGGCCGCUUCUUUUUCUCGUUUGGAGUCUCCGACCAAGACUGCACCAGGAGUGAAAACAUUCAUUAGCUCUCUCCGCCGCGUUCUUUAUAGUAGUGCUUCUAGUGCCGGUAACGCCUCUAGCAGCACCGUGUUUAGCAAACCGGAGCCGCGCCCUAUCGUUUCAGCUCAUGGUAAAACAUCCCUCCUCCCCCCCAAUGUUGUCUUCGGAUCAGAUAGGUACCGCGAGAAGAGGCCUGGGAUAAAGAGCCCCUCACGAAUCGACGUUCUAUGUGAUAGAACUUACCAAUCUUAUGGGACACUAGUAAACCAAACACCGUUAGCUACCUCCGCUGCCCCUCGCAGCCCAAGCCCGAAAACCCAACCACGGGCAGAAAUACCCGCUUCGGUACCUGUUCCCAACUUCUCACGUGGAGCUUCUAGUCAGAUCACGACGGGCAGCCAGUCCAUACUCAUUGUUGAUGAUACCAGGGUUGGUACAAGUGGUGGCCUUUCUUUACUCCCUGAGGAAUUCCAGAUGUAUUAUCCUGGCUCUGGUCAAGCUGAUCCCGAACCAGAGAUUGAUCCGCUUACUCCCAUCCCCUUGUCUAUGCCCGGGAAGGACAAGUUAGAAGUGAUGCCCAUGUCAACUCACCAUGAGAAUGUCUCCCCCAGCAAGCCAGGCUCCAGAUUACGCAAAUAUGCAUCCUACCAAAGUGUGCUAGGCGGCCAUGGCGGUCAACGACCUGCUUCAGACAUGCUCAGGACUACUGACAAGACUGACAUGGGAGCUUGUAGAGGCUCCUUUCUACCUGUACACAUGCCCGUGGCUAGGGGCAUGCAGCUCCCAGAGAAGAGGCUUCGAAGACGUCCUGGUGGUGACUUGCGCAAAAUGCAGACCACCAUGGGCUCUGAAGAACCGGGAUUGAACACUGAUCCUGAUCGUGACCUGAAUAAGUUUAGGUUUGCCUCUAGUACCACUGCAACUGACUCGACGUCCUCUGCAUUAUAUAUAACCCAUGCAUCCAAUAUGGACUCCAUUUCGCAUAGCGAGGACUAUGAUGACGACGAUUAUGAUGAUGACGAUAUCGAUUUUUCGACUUCUUCUAGUGCGUUAGAUUCACUUAGUCGUAGCGGUACGCGUUCUCAUUCUUCACCACAGCCGCCUCAUGCUAGGCACAUCUUCGAAGAUGCAGUUGCUGGCUUUCGGAAAAUACCCGAUCUGCCGGACGGGAGUAUCGAGUCCGCUUUGCUCAAGCUCGAGGGAAGGUGGAAGGGGGAUACGGUUGCUAGGCCAAAUGACGGCUCUUCUGCUGGCUUCUCCAAUACUGCUAGGCGGGAAUCUCGUCAAGCUCACCUUGAUGGGCCUACAAACAACCAAGGUGUGAAUGUUGGUCCCGAAGCUACUGCAUAUCCCGAAGAACCAGCAGUCGGUAAUACCAAUGGUACUGAGUCGUAUCUCGGAUCAGAUUACUCAUACUCCUCUAUUCCGCUGCUGGAGCGUGGCUUAGGAGACGAAUCCAUGAAGACACCUACAGUUCCGAAAUUUGAAAAUCCUUCGCCCUUAGGCCAAAAUGUUGUCUCUAACCAUCCCUCUAUCGAGGUUGUUGAGAAGACAGCUAGCAUAAAUAGGAUUAUUCAUGGUGCUACUGCGCCAGAGCCGAUAGGUGAUAAGCACAUAGAUGACAGCGUCUCUGAGCUUUCGUCCGAACUCUCUAUAGAUGAAGGACCUACCAGGAAGCCUUCAGAUCCUACUCACCCGCUCGCUGAACCGUCCAUAGUAGCGUCUUCUUUCCUCCAGCCAACUCCUUUACCGCCAUACCAUCAAUAUCUUGACCCUCCAUUUCCAAACCAACAUCCUGAUUUCCCACAAAAUUUUUCUCGUCCUCGCAAUAACUCUCACCCAUCCAUCGCUCCCACUACUCCGACCCACGCAAUCCAUGCUCUCCCUAGCUCUGGCCAUAUUGCCUUUAUUUUAGCCCACGACUCGCAGACGCUUGCUAAACAAUUUACCAUCGUCGAACAAGCUGCUCUUAGUGAAGUCGACUGGAAAGACCUUGUUGACAUGCGCUGGACGCAUUCCUGCCCUUCUCCACUUAACUGGGUUGACUAUCUCUCUGCCGGUGUUGAUCGUAAAGGCAUAGAUAUGGUCGUCGCACGCUUUAACUUGAUGGUCAAAUGGGCCGUAUCAGAAGUCGUGCUCACCAAGAACAUCACAGAGCGUGCUCUGGUGAUCACGAAACUCAUUCACAUUGCUGUGAAUGCAAGGAAGCUGCGUAAUUAUGCCACUAUGUUGCAGAUGGUCAUUGCCUUAUCAUCUGUCGACUGUACACGACUCGUUAAAACAUGGGAGCGUGUACCAGAGACCGAAAAGGAGAUACUGGCUGAAAUGGAGUUUUUGAUCCAACCAAUCCGCAACUUUCAUAAACUUAGGUCCGAAAUGGAAUCUUCCGUCCAAGACGGCUGUAUUCCCUUUGUUGCAAUGCUAACUGUUGCGACAGGCCUCUAUGUGCAAGACUUGACAUAUAACGCUCAAAAGCCAGCACAGAUCGCCAGCACUCGCGACGGCGAACCACUGGUCAACUUUGAACGUUAUCACACUGCCGCAGCCAUCGUGAAGAGUCUUCUUCGCCUCAUUGAUGCAAGCACAAAAUAUGUUUUCGAGCCUGUCCCUGGAGUUUUAGAGCGUUGCCUAUGGAUUGCUGCCCUAGCAGAUGACGAUAUCAAAGCGUUCAGCAAAGCGAUUGAAUAA